CUUCUUUUUCCCUCAACAAACCAAAUCUUAUUUUUAUCUCUAUCAACUAUCAAACAACAAAGGUGAUCAUCAAAAAGCUAAGAGGAAGAAGAAGAAUAACAAACUAAGGAUACAAUGAGGAGUUCCAAGUACAUUGCAACUAUUAUCAUUCUUCUUGUUUUCCUCCCAAUUGUCAUGAAUGCCAGGCAUAUUCCCAAGCUAAAUUCAAACGAUCAAAGACAUUUGCCACCAACUCUGGUCAGUAAGAAAAAGGCAAUAUUGCCAAGACCAAUGACGCAGAAAAAAGCAGAUACUCUGCAAAUAGCAGGAUCAAGAUUGCCAGAUUGUUCUCAUGCAUGUGGAUCAUGUAAACCUUGUAGAUUAGUGAUGGUUAGUUUUGUUUGUUCAUCAUUGGACGAAGCUGAGCCUUGUCCAGUGUCUUACAAAUGUAUGUGCCAUAACAAGUCAUACCCUGUUCCUUAAUUGAUCAGAAAAAGAAAAAAAAUGAUAACUAUAUAGGAGUAUGCUAUAUUGUCAAUUUUCCAUCAAUCAUAUGUAACAUAUAGUGCUUCUUAUAGAUUUAUUUCCUCUUCCCAUUGUGUAGGGCCUAAUUUUGUAGGAUCCUUCUCAUGUGUAUUCAAUGAGAGCUUCUUGUUUCAUUA